ACAAGUCAGAAGUGAAACGCCGUGCCGUGUUAUUGUCGGCCUUAUCGGAAGAUACCUACCGCAUUCUUCGAGACUUAGUGGCGCCAAAGGAAGUUGACAGCGUAGAAUACAAGGUUUUGUUACAACAUCUGGAUACGCAUUUUACGCCAAAGAAGAGUACAUUUGCUGAACGCUACACUUUUUAUAAGGCUGAACAGCGACCGGGUGAAGAGUUGCCAGAUUGGGCCGCACGAGUGCGUAGCCUGGCCCAGUACUGUGGUUUUAAAACGGAGUUGGACAGUGUAUUACGCGACAGGUUUGUCUUAGGGUUGGAAAAUGUAAAAGAAAAAGAAAAGUUAUUUGCCGAGAGCGUUGACACUUUAACGUUUAGCAAGGCAUUAGAAUUAGCGCAAAGUGUGCGGUGCGCGCGAAUAGCGUUGCAAAAAACACAACCCGCGGUACCCGAAACUCCAGUGUUUGCCGUCAACACGUCGCGCGCGCAACGUAACCCUCGUAGUAACUUGGAAAGUUGUGAAGUUUGCGGCUAUAAAAAUCAUACAAAGGAUCAGUGUCGUUUUAUUAACUAUACAUGUCAAAAGUGUAAACAAAAAGGACAUUUAAAGCGAAUGUGUAAAACCAAAGUGCGAAGGAAUUAUUUUGUAGCAGAGGAGGAUGACGAUAUCAUUCAAGAUCUCACAAACUAAGAACUAUGGAGGGCGGCGCAAGGUGUGUUUUGUGGAAGGAGAUCAGGUGUUAGUUAAACAUAUAUUUAGUAACGGAAAUAAGCACGUAUGGAAAAAAGGUUGUAUACAAAAACUUAUAGGUAAUAAAAUGUACUUAGUUCGUAUAAUAGAUUUAAAUAUAUUAGUUAAGAAACAUGUAGAUCAGUUACUAUUGUAUAAAGGUAAUAAUAGCGUAGGUACUACUAGUGAUACCCAAGAUAUUUCAUCUGACCUGGAAAUAACAAUCAACGAGUCGUUAUCUCCAAGUCAUGAUGCAGUGUCACCUCCAGCGAUUGAAGGCCAGACCUCUGACUCAAGUUUAGUUGAAAGUGGAAAUAAUUUAGAUGAGCCUUGCCAGUCGCUGAUACCACGGGAAGGUGUACCCCCCGACUCCAUAGUCCCGCCUGCUGCCACAUCGGUGGCCCAGAAUGAUGUUUUUCUAGACGGUGAGGCGGAGGGUACCGAGACUACCUUAGACCCUAUGACGCAUGCAGAUCGUCGUAAUAUCCGUGCCACUCGCAAUCCUAACCCAGUGUACAGAUAAAUACCUACUGCUG